GCUUCCAACUUGCAAUACAACAAAAGCAAUCUCGUCAUGAUGAUUUCAUCCGUAGCUUUGUUGCUUGCCGCAACCAUUGCCGUAGCUUCAGCUGCUCCAUCCCCAUCCGGUCUUUGGGCUGGACAUGGAGUCGCCCUUGGAGGACCAGUUCUCGGACCAUCUGCUCUUUCUGGUCCCGUCCUUGGACCCACUUCUCAGGCUGGACCUCAAGUUGGACCUGCGAGAAUUUCCGGUGCUGUUGACCGUGGUGCUGUGGUCACUGGAUCCGUUCAAGGGCCAUCUGUCGUUUCCGGUAGUGUCACUGGAGGAACUGCUGUCACUGGCUGGGGUGCACCUUUAGGCGUUUUAGGUGUUGCUAAUGCAGGUGUUGCUCACGGAGGUGUUUGGGGAGCAGCUCCAUGGGGUGCUGCAGUGGCUGCACCAUGGGGAGCAGCUCAUGGAGGUGUAUGGGGAGCAUCUCUGGCUGGUCCACUAGUUGGACAUGGAGUAGUCCCUUUGAAUGCUCGUCUUGGUGCCCACUGGUAAACUUAAUGAAGAAAAAGCUGGUCCAUCAACAAUACCGACUGAUUUCCCCCACGACCGUGAGCUCAUGAUAUUCAUUAAGGACGCCAUGAUCUCCAUUUGUUACCACCAGUAGCUCUCAAUGCAAUUUUCUUCAGUUUUCUAUGUGUACAUAAUGAAUGUUCAUCCUUAUAGAUAUUUUAUAAUAAAGAGCAGACCUAUUGAAACCAAUCAA